GUCACCAUGGCUACUGCAGAAGAGAUUCCGCUGUGACAUCACACACCUGACCAUUCUAAAGCAACAGUUACAUCAGUCAGGACUCAGUCUACAGUUUGGAGUCACAACUGUUGGAUCUUCAGAGAAACCCUGCUGGUAUCUGCUGUAUCAGUUAAGAUGUCUGAACUGAACUCAGUCAAAGACACGAGUCUGAACCAGAAGACAGAAGUUCAGCGCCGGAUUAAGAUUAACCGGCAGAGCUGGGACAAGUUCCAGAGUGGGCAAUUCAGCCGUCCCAAAAGGAACGAGAAAUACGCCCACAAACCUGCAGAAACAACACUCUCUGUUACUGUUGACUGUGAGAAAAAUCAGCCGACUACUACAGAGAUAAAGAACGGACUGCAGGAUGAGGUUAAAGAUCAUCAGGUGGAGCUUCUUCCAAAGAAGAAGACGGUGGAAGAGACAACAAGGAGACGUGAGAACCGUGAGAAGCUCCUCUCCAGAAAGAGAACCACCUGCAUGAGGAAUCUGAAGAACGUACACAAGGAUGCUCCACAGCUGAAAAGGGCCAGACUGGAGCUGGAGAAAGAGACUGACGUUAUCACCAAGAGCCUGGCCGUCUCUGAUGUUCCUGGUUGUCUGUCUGAUGAACGAGUUCCUGUGGAGAGAAGUGAUCUCAUCCCCUGUACUUGUGAUGAGAUGGAGCGACGUGGUCGCAAGCGCCGCCUCAACACUGAUAAACAGGACUGUCCAAUUCCAUUCAAACGAGCCCAACUAGAACCGCCUGUCCUUCAAUGGAUUGCAUAGGACCUUCCGUCCUGCGGCGUCGGCCGUGCUGUGCCCCGAGCGAGGGAGUGCAGGGCCAUGGGGUGAAAUGGGAUUGGGCCUUACCGUCCUGUGAAGAAGUGUUGGAGCUAUCCGGUGUCAACCAGAGAAGGACUGGUUCCUCUUUUGAGACUUGGUUCCUCUCAAGGUUUCUUCCUGAUGAUCUCAGGGAGUUUUUCCUUGCCUCCGUUGCUCAAAAGAGGCUCGGACCCGGAUGCAGGGAGACUGCAGGGACAGCCUCUUCCUCAUCAAUAAACAUGCUGGCAGUGAAUUUAA